AAAAUCGCGUCUCUCCGGCUCGAGUUCCUAGUUGUCGGCGGCGGGCUCGCCGGCCUCGGCGUCGCGUACGCGCUCAGCAGGGCGGGGCAUAAGGUGAAGGUGUUCGAAAAGCAGCCUUCGCUCGGCACCCCUGCUGGCGGUCUACGUGUGCCGCCAAACAUGAGCAAAAUCCUCAAGGCUUGGGCCGGCCCAGAGGAACUAGCCAAGAUCGCCGUCCUGAACGUCGGUACACCAUUCCACGACUUGGAGACUGGUGAGAAAAUAGGCUAUGUGGGAUGGGUGCCUGAGGUUAUGCAGGAGACUGGUGGGAACUUCCUGAUGCUCAAGCAUGAGGACGUCCAACUUCUCCUGCACCGUCUCGCCACCGAGGCUGGCGCAGAGAUCAUCUUCAACGCAAAAGUUGCAGCUGUCACUCCCGGCGAGCCAAGACCCUCGAUUACCCUCGAAUCCGGCUUGACCUAUGAGGGCGACAUCAUUCUCGGCGCGGACGGCCCCAACAGCUUCGUUCGUGAAGUCGUCCUUGGCGAUGAUAAUGAGGCUGGGAUUCCAUCAGGGAUAUCGGUCCUUGGUGCCGUUAUCCCUGGAGAGCUGAUGAGGGGUGAUCCUCGGUUAGAAGAGUGGAUCUCUAACGACGAGUGGCCCAUCUUCAUGGGAAACAACCGGUCAGUGUGCGCCCAUCCUGUGUCCGCCAAGAAAGAGUUCGCGGUCCAGCUAUUUUGGCCCGACGAAUCCAGUGGCCCGGAGGAGAGCACUGCAGACUGGUUCGAUGUCAUUCCGACGGAGCAGAUUGAGAUGGACGUCUGUGGCCAGACCUCGGAUAGCAUUCAGAAGCUUUUCAAGUUGGCGCCCUCGUUCGUGCGUACUCGCUGGCUAGAAUAUCCCGAGAAGUUCGAUUACUGGUCGGACGAGUCUGGGCGCAUUAUCCUGCUUGGCGAGUCUGCGCAUCCGUGGUUCCCCGGAGGCACCCACGGCCCUGCGAUGGCGCUUGAGGACGCAGCGGUAUUCGCUGCCCUAUUCUCGCGUCUCAGUCGCGAGGACCAGAUUAGCGCAUUUGUAAGCGCGUACCAAGAGAUCCGCGAGGCGCGUGUCGUCGAGGUACGGCGCAUGGACGUCUCGAACGCCGCGUUCAUGCGCAUACCGCCCGGCCCUGACCGCGACAAGCGCAACGAGAAUUUACGGCACGCGCGCGGUGAGUGGGACGACGUCGCGUGCCAGCGCGAGUAUGAAGGUGUCGCUGCCCUGUUCGGAUACGAGGCACUGGAUGCCGCUGAUGAAUGGUGGGUCAACUGGGGCCGUUUCCAAAACGGCAACGAAGAGCCCGAGCAGGCUGACUACGGCAUGGGCUCCCUAUCCAUUUCCGCCCGGUGACCUCGUCCCAUCGGUGCUGCUACGGCGUAAGCCACAUGUUCAGAUUAACCAAUUAUGUCUUCACGACCACGCCAUGCUUCAUUAUUCGCUAAUGUUGUAAGGUCCAGAUACAAACAUGUCACUCGCUCCUAUUCGUAUGUACCACGCCAUGAUACUGUACUUAGCAAUGUCGCUUGUGACUCCUCGGGUUUAUGCAAUUUUUGUGCC